AUGACUGUUCUUACUCAAGCCCAAGUGGACUCAAUUCUGGCCGAUUUGCAUUCACACAUUGACACAACCGAACAUGUGACCGAGAUGGGAGUUUCCAUCUACAAAGCAUUGUUCGCUGCACACCCGGAAUACAUCAGCCACUUCAGCAAGCUUCAAGGAUUAACUAAGGACAAUGUGGCUUCAUCGGAAGGAAUCAAAUAUUACGGUCGAACUUUGGGUGAGGAGUUGGUUCAUCUGAUCAAGGCAGCGCACGAUCACGCUGCUCUGGAAGCCCGAAUCGUCCAGAACGGAAAAGAUCACACCCAACGAAAAGUGACUAAAGAGCAAUUCACGGGUGCGGCGCCGAUUUUCAUCAAAUUCUUCCAAGGACUCCUGAAGAAACCGGAGGAUCAGGCUGCAAUUGAGAAAUUGUUCAACCACGUGAUGCCUGCAAUUGCGGAGAAAAUGUAA